UGGCUGCUUGAGUGAGUGACGCAGAGGGUCGUCGACCUGUCUUUUCUUUAACACAGCCAACUGUUUCGUCUUUUAAAUCGUAAUAGGUAUAUUAACUGUCGGACUGUGACAUUGUUGAUAUUUCUCUGGGGUUACUUUUUGUCUCUGAAGUCCAUCAGUGAAGUCAGUGGUCAUGGCGUCUCCAGGGGGGCAAGGAGGUGGUGGAGCUUUGUCCACAAGAGGAGGAGCUGGCGCCCGGAGGCUGAAGUGGGCACUGGAGCUGAGCGUAGGAAACACAAGGAGUCGUAGUGAGCGUCAGGGCGGCCAAGGCGAUGUUGUUUACCCCAUCGGCUACUCUGAGAAACCAGUCCCAGACACCAGCAUUCAAGAAACGGACAAGAACCUGGUGGAGAAGCGUUGCUGGGACGUAGCCCUCGGUCCUUUGAAGCAGAUCCCCAUGAACUUGUUCAUCAUGUACAUGUCUGGAAACACCAUCUCCAUCUUUCCCAUCAUGAUGGUCUGUAUGAUGGCCUGGAGGCCCAUCCAGGCACUCAUGUCCAUGUCCGCCACCUUUAAGCUGUUGGAGAGCUCCAGUCAGCAGUGGCUCCAGGGUCUUGUCUAUUUGGUUGGAAACCUGCUGGGCUCAGCGUUAGCAAUAUACAAGUGUCAAUCGAUGGGACUACUGCCCACACACUCGUCUGAUUGGCUGGCAUUCAUAGAACCACCUCAGAGGAUGGAGAUCAUGGGAGGAGGGAUGGUUUUGUGAAGAGGAUUUUUUUUUGGUCAUCAAAAAUAUAGUUAGCUUACUUUUUAAAAAUGUGGAUCUAUGAAGUACGGGGAUAGAGUCUGUGAUUCAACCAGAAAGUCCAGCCUUCACCAAAUCACGUUGCGAUCAUUUUUUUUACAUUCUAAGCUCCAGGCGACGCAAGAACUGCUGGUCUACCGCUGGCUGAUUUGUUAGGUUUGUGUUAAUGAGUUAAAAUUAAAUAAAGAUGUUUACACGUUUAGGCACAAAAAUAAAUUUUGACUAAGCCUUUCUUGAAGCACAGUGAAGCUAAGUUGUUUGUGUCCAACUCUGUCUCAGAGCAUGAUUCAACUUCACUUAAAGGAUUUCAAUAUUUCCAGAGGUUUGUUAUAUACUUUAUCUGUUCAUUUAAAACAUCCUUGUUCUCAUAGCUGCUUUUUUUAAAACAAACUUUACAAUGAAAUGAAAAUUAUUAGCAUUUAAGCCACAACUUCAUGGCUUUAUGUCUGCUGUGAUUUCAUUAAUACAUUUCUAAGGUUCUCUAACACAUCAGCAGAUUCUGGAGCAAUUUUCAUAAUUAACAGAACUUUGCAACUAAAACUGUAAAAGAAAAAGAUUAGAGCCCAGACAUUUAUCUUCUUUACCUCUCAUCUAAUUAAUAGUUAGUUAAUAGUAAAAGGCUUCAUUUUCACAAGGAUUUUUAUCAUGUCGUUUGGUUUCAUGUACUUAUGGUUUAAUUUAUACUGAUGUGCUCUAUGAAAUGUUCUAUUAAAUAAAACCUUAUUAGAUCA